ACGGCGAUAGCCUUAAGAUUAGGGAGCAAAUGAAACCCUCUGCAAGGUCUAACAGGCGAUUUACGGUACGGGUGUUUGGACCACACACUCUUCAAAUAUUGUACGAAAAUGAACAUAUUAUCGACAUAACAUAGUGGUGAAUAAAGAUGAACGUUUCGACACAUUAUUGAUGGAUUUAUACACACACAUUCCGGUUUUAACAGUCAAUUUAUAUUAGUUAUGUUUAAUAUGGGGUCAAUUUUGCUUAGUUUACCUACGUGCUCCGAUAUAUUUUACAUACUUUUGUGUGACUGCUAAAUGACAAACAGUGAUUUCAAUGAUAAUACGAAUUCGUCGCUCAGACAGCACACAGUUGUACGCAGUUGUAAAAUCAGGUUUAGGAAUAACAAAAACAUGUGCCCUGUCAGACAACGCUGAGGGCAUUAGCCUUGCCUUUAAGUCGGAUGCAUCCGAAUGCUUCAGCAUGGCCGGCGAAGGCGAAAAGAAACGAGUCCUCGAGACGGUCCAGGCCGAUGGGGCCGAUGAGGGCUGUGUGACAUUUGUGCUCCAUGAUGAAGACCAUACGCUGGGAAACUCCUUGCGAUAUAUGAUCAUGAAGAAUGUGGAUGUGGAGUUUUGCGGCUACACUAUUACCCAUCCAUCUGAGAGUAAGAUCAACUUUCGCAUUCAGACACGAGGGUCUGUUCCAGCCACAGAGCCACUACGACGGGGCCUGAAUGAGCUCAAUGAUGUAUGUCAACAUGUUCUCAACACUUUUCAGGCAAGAGUAAGUGAGUUCAAAGAGGAACAGGAGCAACCAAUGGAAUGAAGAGCAUCACCUGAGCAGGGGGCUGUGAUAAAAUAUGUAAAAAUGUUAUUUUUAUACAGCGUAUAGAAUGAGACAAAUGUGUAUGAAUCAAGUUGAAUAUCUCAUGUGUACAGUUUUCUUUUUGUAUUAUGUUGAAAAUGAUCAUUAAUGUAUUAUAAGUUUAUUUGAUGCAUAUGAUUGAUUAGAAAAGAAUAAACUUUACAAACACUUUUA